ACCACUAAGCAAACAACAAGGGAUACAGAGACGGAGGAAUCAGAGAGCAUCACGAACUUCAUCAGGACGGUGGAGACGAUUCAAGUCGAGGCAAAAUCUCAGAGAGCUUUUCCACAAUGAUGACAAAGAUCUGCAUCGUCCUUCUGUUGUUUGUUGCGUCUUGCAGAGGGACCUUAACAACAGCAGCUACAACUACAACCACAUCCAAAGCACCAACUACUACAGCGGCUCCGGCAACAUCAACUGAAGCAACAUCAACAACUACUACAACAGCUACAUCAACAACCACAGUUACUCCAACAACUGCUACAGCUACAACCAUGGCCAAUCCAACUACAACCACAGGUGUGGCAACAACGGCAUCUGCCCCAACGACUACAGCUGAAGCAACAUCAACAACUGCAACCACAACUGCUCUAACCACUACAGCUUCUCCGACAACAACUGCUACAACUACAACCACAGUUAAUCCCACUACGAUCACAGCUGAAGCAACAACCACAGAUGCAGCAACAUCAACAACUGCUACAACAGCUACAUCAACAGCCAUAGCUACUCCAACAACUGCUACAGCUACAACCACAGCUACUCCAACAACAACCGCUACAGUUUCAACCAUAACCAAUCCAGCUAUGACCACAGCUGAAGCAACAUCAACAACUGCUACAACAGCUACAUCAACAACCAUAGCUACUCCAACAACUGCUACAACUACAACCACGGCCAAUCCAACUACAACCACAGGUGUGGCAACAACGGCAUCUGCCCCAACGACUACAGCUGAAGCAACAUCAACAACUGCAACCACAACUGCUCUAACCACCACAGCUUCUCCGACAACAACUGCUACAACUACAACCACAGUUAAUCCCACUACGAUCACAGCUGAAGCAACAACCACAGAUGCAGCAACAUCAACAACUGCUACAACAGCUACAUCAACAGCCAUAGCUACUCCAACAACUGCUACAGCUACAACCACAGCUACUCCAACAACAACCGCUACAGUUUCAACCAUAACCAAUCCAGCUAUGACCACAGCUGAAGCAACAUCAACAACUGCUACAACAGCUACAUCAACAACCAUAGCUACUCCAACAACUGCUACAACUACAACCACGGCCAAUCCAACUACAACCACAGGUGUGGCAACAACGGCAUCUGCCCCAACGACUACAGCUGAAGCAACAUCAACAACUGCAACCACAACUGCUCUAACCACCACAGCUUCUCCGACAACAACUGCUACAACUACAACCACAGUUAAUCCCACUACGAUCACAGCUGAAGCAACAACCACAGAUGCAGCAACAUCAACAACUGCUACAACAGCUACAUCAACAACCAUAGCUACUCCAACAACUGCUACAGCUACAACCACAGCUACUCCAACAACAACCGCUACAGUUUCAACCAUAACCAAUCCAGCUAUGACCACAGAUGCAGCAACAUCAACAACUGCUACAACAGCUACAUCAACAACCAUAGCUACUCCAACCACUGCUACAACUACAACCACAGCUAAUCCAACUACGACAACAGCUGAAGCAACAUCAACAACUGCAACCACAGUUGCUCAAACAACCACAGCUACUUCAGCAACCACAGUUACUCCAACAACAGCCGCUACAGUUACAACCACAGCAGCUUCAACUGCAGGAAGAACAACAACAGCAGCUGCUCAAUCAACAACAGCUGAAGUGACAUCAACAAUUGCUACAACAGCUACAUCAACAACCAUAGCUACUCCAACAACUGCUACAGCUACAACCAUGGCUAAUCCAACUACAACCACAGGUGUGGCAACAACAGCAUCGGCCCCAACGAUUACAGCUGAAGCAACAUCAACAACUGCAACCACAGUUGCUCCAUCCGCCACAGCUUCUCCAACAACAACUGAUACAACUACAACCACAGCUAAUCCAACUACGACCACAGCUGAAGCAACAUCAACAACUGCAACCACACUUGCUCAAACAACCACAGCUACUUCAGCAACCACAGUUACUCCAACAACAGUUACAACCACAGCAGCUUCAACUGCAGGAAGAACAACAACAGCAGCUGCUCAAUCAACAACAGCUGAAGCGACAUCAACAAUUGCUACAACAGCUACAUCAACAACCACAGCUACUCCAACGACAACUGCUACAAUUGCAACCACAACUAAUCCAGCUAUGACCACAGCUGAAGCAACAUCAACAACUGUAAACGCUGUUGCUCAAACAACAACUGCUGCAGCUACAAUCACAGCUAAUCCUACUACGACCAAGGCUGAAGGAACAUCAACAAUUGCAACCACAGUUGCUCAAACAACCACAGCUACUUCAGCAACAACAGCUACUCCAACAACAACCGCUACAGUUACAACCACAGCAUCUUCACCUGAAGGAAGAACAACAACAACAUCUGCUCAAUCAACAACAGCUGAAGCGACAUCAAUGACUGCUACAACAGCUACAUCAACAACCAUAGCUACUCCAACAACUGCUGCAGCUGCAACCACGGCCAAUCCAACUACAACCACAGGUGUGGCAACAACGGCAUCUGCCCCAACGACUACAGCUGAAGCAACAUCAACAACUGUAAACGCUGCUGCUCAAACAACAACUGCUACAGCUACAACCACAGUUAAUCCAACUAUGACCCCAGCUGAAGCAACAUCAACAACUGCAACCACAGUUGCAUCAACAACCACAGCUACUCCAAUAACAACUGCUACAGCUACAACCGCAGCUACUCCAACAACUGCUACAACUGCAACCACAGUUGCUCCAAUAACCACAGUUACUCCAACAACAGCUAUAGGUACAACCACAGCCAAUCCUGCUACGUCCACAGUUGCAGCAACAACUGCAUCUGCCCCAACAACCACAGCUGAAGCAACAUCAACAACUGCAACCACAGUUGCUCAAAUAACCACAGCUACUCCAACAACAGCUGCUACAAGUACAACCACAGCUAAUCCAACUGCAACCACAGCUGAAGCAACAUCAACAACUGCUACAACAGCAGUUCCAAUGACCACAGCUGCAGCAACAAUCACAGCUGAAGCAACAUCAACAACUGCAACCACAGUUGCUCAAACAACCACAGCUACUCCAACAACAGCUGCUACAGCUACAAUCACAGCCAAUCCAACUACAAUCACAGCUGCAGCAGUAAGUGCAUCUGCCCCAAUGACCACAGCUGAAGCAACAUCAGCAACUGCAACCACAACAGCUCCAACAACCACAGCUGAAGCAACGACCACAGAUGCUACAACUGCAGCAACAGCUCAAGCAACAACUACUACAGCUGCUACAACUGCAACCACAGCUGCUCCAAUAACCACAAUUGCAGCAAUGAACACAGCUACAAAUACAGCUACAGCAACAACCACAGUUGCUACGGCUGAAGCAACAUCAACAACUGCUACAACAAUUAAAGCAACAAUCACAGCUGGAGCAACAUCAACAACUGCAACAGUUGCAUCAGCAACCACAUCUACACCAGCAACUGUAGGUGCAAAGACCACAGAUUCCACAACUGCAGCAAUAGGAACCACAACUGCUCCAGCAAUCACAGCUGCAUCAACAAGCACAGCUGCAGCAAAGACCACAGCUGCAUCAACAAGCACAGCUGCAGCAAAGACCACAUCUGGAGCAACAACCACAGCUGCAGCAAAGACCACAUCUGGAGCAACAACCACAGCUGCAGCAAAGACCACAUCUGGAGCAAUGACAACUGCAGCAAAGACCACAUCUGGAGCAGCAACCACAGCUGCAGCAAAGAUCACAUCUGGAGCAGCAACCACAGCUGCAGCAAAGACCACAGCUGCAUCAACAACCACAGCUGCAGCAAAGACCACAGCUGGAGCAACAACCACAGCUGGAGCAAAGACCACAUCUGAAGCAAUGACAACUGCAGCAAAGACCACAUCUGGAGCAGCAACCACAGCUGCAGCAAAGACCACAUCUGGAGCAGCAACCACAGCUGCAGCAAAGACCACAUCUGGAGCAAUGACAACUGCAGCCCCAGCAGGAGCAACAACAAUGAAAACUGAUCCAACUACAAGGACAGCAGCAGCACCAGUAACCACAGCUGCUGCAGCAACAACAACAGCAGCUGCAGCUGCUACAGCAGCACCGUCAGCUCCAGAGCCAACAACAGCUGCCUCCUCUGCAGUAAACAACAACACAAAUUUCCUUUUGGUCACGGCAGUUGUUAUUGCAGUUCUAUGCAAUUAAAAACUGGACUGGAACAACUUCUCUUCAGUGUAAAAUACUAUUUUAUUUCAAAUGUCUUGUUAGAAUUAAGUUAUGUCACUUAUUUAUCCUAUCUGUACUUUUGACUUCAGUGAUCAUCAGUUUGAACUUAAGCCGUGAGUUCAAUUAUGUUUUUUUGUUCACACUCAGAACUGAAUGAGAUUUUCCAUCUUGUGUCCAUAAAUUACACUGAAAAACAAAGACUGGCUUGCAUAUCUGAUGGUGUCCUCGCUGCUCUGAAUGUCAGCACAGAAACAGUUAAUCCAAAAGCCAUGAAGGGGCUAAUCAUGGAGAUGUUGAUUCAGCUUAGAGGCCACAGUUGGCUGAUUUCGUAACCU